AGAAUGUUUAUGGUUUGUGUUGUGCUCCUCCUAACCUUCAGUGAACAUUCUAAACAUUAUUAGUAACCCGCAGACAAAGACUAAAUUAUAAUUUAAUUAAAAACAAUGCCUUGCAGAUCGAACAUUCCGUUUCCAUCAUAUCACUAACGUUGCUCUCCCUUCAUUUCUUCCAAACCUGAGCUCCUCUUACAAAGCAUCUUCCAAAAACUCAAUUACAUCUGUCAGUAGGACCUAUUCUCAAAUACAUCUGAUUUUUUUUUUUCUAGUCAAUUAAUGUCUUACUAAUUUGCAAUAGCCUUCAAAAUUGUAAUCUUUUUAGGAGAUCCCCAAGCUGAUAAUUUUCUCUAACCACUUAAAAUCCUUGAUAUACAUGAAUAUUUUCUAAACUGAAAUCAAGAGUGAUUAUUAGUAGAAAUCGAUUGAGCUGAAGUUCCAAACUAAUGAGAGAUGCUCCAAAUCCGUUCAUAUUAAAACUGGAUUUUGAAUUGUGAGAGAGGGUUCUUCUGUUUCUUGUUUACUUCGUUAGAUUAAACCGUACAAAUGAAUGGUAGCUUCUCGUUAAGAAGAUGAAGGCGACCAAUGGACCAAAUUUUUGUUUGUUUUCAGUCCAAAUCAAGUGAUUUGAAGCCCACAUAAUAUUCAUUCGUUUAUUCGUAUUAACAGCUACUCUAGGAGGAAUGUUUUUAUGUGGUGUGAUGGUCCGGGACGAAAUGGUACUUGUGAUAUUUCGGUUUGGGACGCAUUUUAUUUUGAGUCCAUUAAAACAAAACGAAGGCAAUUGAAGAUUUUUUAAAAUUUAGACACGUGUGAACUUCUCCUUACACUAUUUGAUAAGAUGAGAUGAAAUCUCUUUUUUUAUAGUAAUAGAUAUUAAGUUUCUAGGAGACGAAUAUUAUCUUUCCCUAAUUAUUAUAUCAAAUUAAUUAAUUAAAUUAAUGUUUAAUAUUCAUAUUAAGUCAUACAACUGGCAACAUAAUAUUUUAUUUAUUUUCUGAAUUUCCUCAUUUUAUUUAUAGGUUCCAUUUUUCUUUGCAAACCCCACAAAAUUCAGUCUUCCAAGAGAAUCUAUUGCUAAAUUUUUGGGGGGAUUUGUGGCUGUAAAAAUGGAAGAGAAAGGUGGAGUCAGUCCAAGUGGGGUCAUCACAGUCAAGGGAGAUGAAGAAGCAACAGAGUUUCAACAGAACCCUAGCCUUCUUCAACCCGUGGGACCUACGACUGUGGUGUCACGGACACCUUCCCCGCCUCCGUCUCCGCCUCCGCCUCCACCUCCAACCUCCGUGACUCCUGUCUCAGCUGCCGCAGCUCCACCGCCGUUGAUCUCCAGCGCAGGGUUAGAUUUGACGAAGAAGAAGAGAGGAAGGCCGAGGAAAUACGCUCCAGAUGGAAGUCUGAACCCUAGGUACUUGAGACCAACACUCUCUCCGACUCCAAUCUCAACUUCGAUUCCAUUCUCUGGAGAUUAUAGUCACUGGAAACAAGGAAAAGCUCAGCAGUAUCUACCUGUUGAACUCAUCAAGAAACCUCACAUGUUUGAGUAUGGAAGCAGCCCAGCUUUUCCUCCUCCUCCUGGACUCUCAUGCUAUGUGGAUGCAAAUUUUACAACACAUCAGUUUACUGUCAAUGCCGGUGAGGAUGUAAUGAUGAAAGCUAUGCCGUAUUCGCAAGGAUCUCGAACUAUAUGCAUUCUUUCUGCAACUGGUUCCAUCUCCAAUGUCACACUUCGUCAAGCUGCCAUUUCAGGCGGCACGCUUACAUAUGAGGGUUGGUUUGAGAUACUUUCUCUAUCGGGUUCUUUUAUGCCUACUGAACAAGGAGGAACUAAAGGUUGGUCUGGCGGUAUGAGCAUUUCUCUAGCCGGACCAAAUGGCAAAAUCAUCGGCGGUGGUCUUGCUGGUAUGCUUAUAGCAGCCAGUCCUGUCCAGGUGAUAAUGGGAAGUUUCAUUGUGAUAAAUCAAGCUGAACAAACGCAGAAUAAGAAACCUCGAAUCAUGGAGGCUUCUCCUCCACCACAACAACAACAACAUCCUACUUUCAACAUAACCAACGUGAAUUCUACUUCUCCGGUGGUAGCCACCAUAGAUGAUCCAAAACAACAAACUGACGGUGGUGGUGGUAUGAUGAGACCAGUGGCUCAAACUCCUUUUCACAACGACAAUUCAGCUAUGAACAAUUUCACAACGACCAAUCAUGGAUACGGGAAUGUGAACACUAGUACUAACAAAGAAGAAGCUGACUAUGCCGAUGGUGGUGAUGAUGAUCAGCCUGAUGAUGAUUCCUGCGAUACGAGGAGCCUGUCUAAUGGUGAUUGAGCUAUUCUCGGAUUUUCUUGUGUAGAAAGUAAGGAACCUUUAUGGCCAAAAAUUGAUUUAGCUAUUUUUUAAUUGCUCUGUAUUUGUUUUUGUGAUCGGUUUUAACUUCGUUAUGUUGAAAUUAUCGAUUGAUAUUGUUUUA